AUGCCGAAACGUGUCGCAGACGAAUACAUCACUAAGGAGAACGGAUCAAUUGCAAAUUCAACGUACGGCGAGGACAAACCCAAGAUGUCAACCGCAGCACAGCUUGCGAAAAGAAGGAUGGCCACGCCCAAAGGCCGGUUCAACCGCCCAGGCACCUCCCAUUCCUCCUCUCACGGCGGCAACACCUCGAGCAUAUUUGGACAAACCACGCAGCAACAGGCAUUUGGGGAUAUGAAUGGUGGCAUUACCUUUGGUGCAAGCCAGUCUUUCCCCCCGGGGACAAAUGCGUCCUUCACCUUUCAACCUCCCCAGUCGAGUUCAUUCACCUUCGGCGCCCCAUCCACAACACCGAACCCCUUUGCUUCUUUGAACGGGACCGGAAAUACCACGAGCAACCAGCAGCAAGAUGUCUCGAUGGAAUCUCCUCAAAAGAAACCGAUAUUUGGUAGUGCUUUUGGGGCAAAUAAUAUGGACAAUACAAGUUCAGGAUUUACCUUUGGUCAACCGGUACAACAGCCAUCGAGUGGAGCAUUUGGCAUGAACGAGUCGUCAAACAUGAAUGGUGGCGGUCUGUUUGGUCGGCUUUCGAAACCGGAGGAUUCAUCUGGACCAAACAGCAUUUUUGGACAACCUUCACAACCUCAAACUUCGCCAUCAUUGCCUUCAUUUGGUGGAUUCGGCCAGGCCGUCUCUGCGCCGCAGACUCAGGCAUCAACCUUCAUUUUUGGCCAGAACAGUAACGCCAAUGGCGCAUUUACUACCUCAACACCGGCCACGGGCUUCAACUUCGGCCAAAACACUUCGGUCCCUCAGAACCCUCUCCCAUCUUUUGGAUCUGGUCAAGGAACUACUUCUCAACCUGAAGCACCCAAAUUCGCAUUCGGACAAACAAGUACUGUUACACCAGGUCAGCCCUCUGGUCCUAGCUUUGGUACAAGUGCGCCGACUAGCCAGAAUAACGGCGGUUGGUUCGGUUCAAGCACCACCACAACCACAACCACUCAAACACCAACCGUGGGUUUUGGAACCGCGACUACAGCUUCUCCGUUUCUAUUCGGGCAGACCCAGCCGUCUCCAACUUCCCACAAUCCUUUUGCCGGCCUUGGUGCGUCCAAGAGUGAAGAGACAAAGGGUUUCACUCCUUUGUUUGGCUCUUCUACAUCCGGCCCGCAAGCGCCGACGGAGAGUCAACCUGGCAAUGUGUCAUCAGAGAAGCCGGCGACUUCAUCCUCAGAACCAAGCACAGAGACUCCUAAAAAUCUUUUCUCCAGUCUUUUUGCUGGGGCGACCAAUACAUCGCAGACAUCUAUGGUAUCCAAACCGGCAUUCGAUUUUGGUCAAACGACUCAACCAACUGCAACGACGGCAGACACUUCAGAGCCAAAGCCGGCCGAAGUUAAGCCAUCGAGUGAGUUCUCUCUCGGCACGAAACCUGCGAACCCUCCAGAGUCCUCCAACAUUCAACGGACUCCAAUAUCCAUGCCUGCGGUAGAAAAAGUCGAUGAAGAAAGCACCCAGUCAAAGGAAACCAACGAUACCACCACGAAGCCCUUGUUCGGUUUUCCAGCUCCGUCCCAACCUGACUCCAGCGGCGGAUUAUUUUCUCCUGCCAAUGCCACAACGGAAAGCAAUCAAACAACUGGCGGAUUGUUUGGAAAGGCAAGUGGUGGGUCCGAGAUUCCUGCAAAACCAGCAUUCGCCUUUGGCGCGCCAUUACAGCCGACACCCGAUGGCACCACCCAGCCGAAGGAAAUGGCCCCAAGUCUGUUUUCUUCCACUCCCAAGGCUACAAGUCAAGUGGGCGACAAAACUCCUGAAGUCAGCACCCCGCAACCCCCAUCUGCCGCCUCUUGGUUCGGUGGUUUGAGUCGGCCAGAGACGAAGCAACCUCCGAGUACGCGGAACGCUGCUCCGCCGUCAACCUCGUCUGCAACAGCACCCGCUUCAGUCAUCAAUCUACCAACUUCGAAGCCAGAUUUAUUGGGAACGGCCUCAGAUAAGCAACCACCAGGAUCAUCUGAGAUGACAAAGGUUGCAUCAGACCUGCCACCAGUGAAAUGUCCCAUUUACACAAAAGGUCCCCAAAUAAUCCCUGGUCAUUUGGAUGCCGGAAAAUUCCGAGAAUAUGACCGCAAUUAUCGAUUGCAUGCCUUGAAUCGUGGUUUGCAAGCACAAUUGGCAAGUCUAGACGCAUCCCAACACGACUUUGAAAAUGUUAUUCGACAUUACGUGUCGGCCCGUGACGGUAUUGGUGCUUCAUUAGGUCUGUAUAUGCGCAGUGCUGCGGGGACGAAACGCAAAGGCGAUCGCAUCGAUGAUGAAGACGAGGAAUCUACCCUCAAUAAGCGAACCCGUUCGGAGACCACGCAGCAGACCUCUGCUGCAAAGUCUCAAAGGGUAUCUGCUUCAUUUAGCACAUCUUCCACAGUUCAGGAAUCAGCGUCCCCUGCCAUCAGGAAUUCAACCCCAUCAAGGGCCAAAAACCUACUUACUAAUAUGAUCCCGGAAUCAAAGUCGGAUGCAACGGUAGGACAGGCUGCUACAGAACCCAAGCCAACUCCAAAUCCUUUUGUAGGACUUGCUUCAGACUCCAAUGCCACUUCUAAUCAAUUUGCACGGUUUGAGAAAGACACAAUCUCGGCACCGCCAGAUUCAACGACCCCAACGAAAUCACCGCCCAAGAAACUUGCUUUCGAAGCACCUCGGUUGGGAGCCGAUGGUACAAAUUUCAUGAGUACUUUUGGCCAAAAAGCCAAAGAAAAUGCAGACAAGUUCGCGAAGACUCUUAUUGAGAAACGCAAGGCCGAGGAUUUUGACUCCGAUGAAGAUGACGAAGAAGCAUUCCGGAAACGAACCGAAGAAGAAAUGCGAGCAAAACGAGCAAAGAUUGAUGCUAUCGCUAAGAGCGGCGGCUUUACGCCAACCGUGGCAUCCGGAUCUGGAACGACUUCUUCCAAACCAACCUUCUCGUUGGGAUCGACAUCGAUUGCCCCAAAGAAUGACAAAGACACUUCGACGCAUACUUCUAGUGGCUUCAUGAAAGCAGCCUCGGCCAAUCCGGUCGUCCCUCCCAGCUCCAAAGGGACAAGCGUCGAAGAGUCCGAGGUCGCUGGCGACGACGAAGGCAGCGAGUCAAAUAAUGAUCAAGCCGAAGGCGAUGAAGACGAAGACUCCCACGGUGAUGGCGAUGAUGAAGAGGGAGAAGAUGAUCUUCAGGAAGACGAAGUUCUCGAAGAAAAUGGGGAUGAAGACGAUUCUGAUGAUAAUGAUUUACAAGCUGCUAUGGACCGAGCAAGGAAAAACCCAAAUGCAGGGAAAAGUUUGUUUGAUCGAAUUGAACCCAACCCCAACAUGAAAGAGAAGACCGCUUCCACUCCAACCGAUGGAGACCAGCAAGAACCUGCCGCGGAUUCCAGUCCUAUUAUGCAGCCUGCCAAAAAUUCUUCAUUUCCGCCGUCCAUUUGGGGAUCUCACAUUGGCAAGUCUACGCCUGAAGCUCCAUCAUUCUCACCGAUCACUCCGGCCACUGGUGCUUCAAAGUCGCCUUACAAACCUGCCACGACCUUCAACUUCACUCCAUCGGCACCAGCUACCACUCCGACGCCAACGCCGGGUGCUUCAAUCUUUGCUGGUGGAUUGACUAAAGAUGGCCCAGUUCCUGGAGAGGGCAUGUUUGGUUCACGUCCGAGUACACCGAGCAAUGCGGAAAAGAAUACCAGCAGCCUGUCUAAAUCGAUUCUCAAUUCUCCACCCGGAACUGACAAUACCUGGAAAGAGGGGGCACCCAUUUCGUUCGGCAAUGCAGAAAAACCCACAAGCGCCCCUACAUUCAAAUUCACGGCUGCGUCGCCUGGAGAGAAAGAGUCGUCAACACCAAAACCAUUUGGUUCGCUUUUUGGUACAUCUGCAGCAGGAUCGAAAGGCUCCGAAGCUUCCAAUCAUCUUGGCUUCCAAUUUGGUGCACCCACUUCGACGCCAGCACCAGGUUUCCUAGGAGCUGUGUCUCACCUUGGAGGUGGUUCGGUGACCAAUUCGGCAGUCUCCUCCCGUGCUACCUCUCCUGGAUUGACAGACAACGAAUCUGUUGCUACCAAUGACACCGGGAAUGAGACCACCAACGAUGACGAAGCGAAAGAUCCACAGACAUCCUUGAUGGACUCCAGAGCAGGUGAAGAAAAUGAAACUUGUUUGUGGGAGAGUCGAUCAAAGGCUCUCAUGUACGUAAACAAGGAAACAGCCAAGGGGACCAAGUUAACCCCCAAUGACUGGAACUCGAUGGGUGUCGGUCAAAUUCGUGUUCUCAAGGACAAUACGACCGGAAAGACUCGUGUCGUCUUCCGAGUUGAACCCAGCGCGACUAUUCUGAUCAACUCUCAUCUCGUCGACAGUGUGCAAUACGAGAGUGUUCCCUCCACCAAGAGCGGUGCAGUCAGAGGUGCUCUCUUCUACAAAGGAAAUCUGACUCGAUGGGUUUUCAAAGUCAAGUCUCCCGAACUGGCAAUUGAACUUGCCAAGGUCAUGGACGACAAUAAAAGUGCAUGA